AGCGUGUGUGUGUGUGUAGGUUCAAAUACAGUUUAACCAUAAAAGUCAAACUGUUCAGUUCUUACGCCUCAGCAGCAGGGCGCGUGCGUUCAGCCAGUUUCCUGCGCGAGUCCGCUCGAGAGCGCGAGACACGGAGAAACGCUUUAUUCUGAAAGGCCGAGCGAACUGACGGACACAUGCAGGAGCAGCAUGGGAAGGACACACCUGGCUGUCAGGAUGAGCGUAAAGCGGCAUAAAGUCUUCCUGUUGUGCUUACUGGGGAUAUGUGUUAUUUCCUUCCUUCAUUGCUACAAAGCACUGCAAAAUAUUUCACUGCUGCAGGAACUCUCCACUCCCUCCACCCAUCUAAAGUCUCUGAAGCUGUUCAGCGAUAUCUUCUGGAAUUUCCGUGCUGCUGACUUCCAACCCCAGCAAGACUUUUACAAACACAGUCACCUGAAUGUAGAGCCGGUCAGUCUUGACGUGAUCUUGCCAGAGCCACCGGAUAAGCUUCAUGAACGUACAUUUGUACUCCGUGAUGAUCCCACAGCCUUUUUCAUCCACGCUAAAUCCGGAGCAGUGUGCUUCAGAGAGGGGUCGGCUAUGGCCCCCUCUGCUUCUCACCUCAAGUUACUGCAGCAUAACCAAGAAAUCAACGCAGACAAGAAGGGGGUUCAGUGUGCCUGCCGGCAGGGCUGGCACGGCCCUCACUGUGGCAUCCCUACCAUCGUCUAUCAUUCCAAUCUCCCGUCCAAGUCAAAAAUAACACCCAGAAAAGUUCCGCGUCGGGUCAUCAAUGCCAUCAACAUCAAUCACGAGUUUGACCUACUACACGCUCGAUUCCACGAACUUGGAGAUAUCGUGGAUGUGUUUUUGGUCUGCGAAUCCAAUUUCACGGCGUUCGGUGACUCGAGGCCUCUUUUAUUUCGGCAGCUGGUCCAAAACGGGACGUUUGACUACAUAAAGCACAAAAUCCUGUACAUCUUCCUGGACCAUUUUCCUGCCGGCGGUCGCAUGGACGGCUGGAUUGCGGACGAUUACCUCCGCACGUAUUUAACCAAAAAGCGGAAUGUCGCGGCAGAGGGCCUCAAAGCGGGCGGUUUCGUCAUCAAUGAUGCGGAUGAAAUCCCGCGAGAUGGAAUUCUUUUCCUCAAGCUCUACGAGGGCUGGGCAGAACCGGUCGGGAUCCACAUGCGCAAAUCUCUUUACGGAUUCUACUGGAGGCAGUUCGGAACGCUGAACAUUUUGUCCGCCUGCACCACCGCUAUGCUCUUUAAGGUUUACAAGGGCGAUGGGAUCUAUCUCCGGCGCCGGUCGUAUUAUUCCAUGUCGGGAUUCCGGGAGUAUGAGAACUCCACGGGACGCAUUCUGGUGCCGUGGGCCAUCGGAAGUCCAGUUCACUACGCUGGAUGGCACUGUUCUUGGUGUUUUAAACCGGAAGGAAUUUACUACAAACUUUUAUCGGCCCAAAAUGGAGACUUCCCACGUUGGGGCGAUUACGGCGAGAAGCGGAAGAUAAGUUACAUUAAAGAGUUAAUACGGACAGGGGGUUGGUUUGAUGGGUCUGCUCCAGACUACCCACCCUCACACCCCAAAGAGCAUAUGUAUGCUCCAAAAUACCUGCUGGACAACUAUGAGAAGUAUAGCUACUUGCUGGAGAACCCAUAUGCAAAAGAAGAACAUUAAUAGAAGCAGGUCCGUUUCAAAUGGGCAGCUAAGUAGCUUUUAAGCAAGAAAUGAAACUGAUGGUAAAGAGUUUCAAAACCUUUAACUGCUUGUUAUUCAGUUUUCAAGUUCCACAUUUUUUAUGAAUUUCCAACAGAUCACAGACAGACCAUAACAAAAUGCCAACUGUGUUUUACUAUUUAACUAGUUUUGUUGCUUUGGUGUCUGAAAAACAAUGCUUUAGCCGCUUUGUGGCUAUAAAAUGUUUUUAUGAUUUAAUGACAUUUCUCUCCUUACAUGCCAUCUGGUACGUGGUUUUUCCUCAGUGUUUCUAUGAAAGGAUCUCCAAACAUUUUCAGUAAUGUAUGAAAAUUGCACUAAAAUGCAUUUGAAUUGUUACGUAUUUAUCGAAAUGUUACACUUCAUGUUCAUAGUCCACUUUAGACAUUCUACUAACUAUAAGUCACUUUGUUACUACAUGUCAGCUAAUCCUCAUUAAUUCACAACUACGUCUACUAACUCUCAGUGUAGACUGUUAGGAGUAGGUUUAGGGUUAGUAGAAUAAGUUGACAUAAACUUGCAAAGUUUCUGAUCAGUAUAUAAUGGACCUACUAACUAACUAAUGGUUAGUCUACUAACACUCUUAUGACGUCUAGUUGUUCUAAGUAGUUCUAGUUGUAGAUGUAAUGUUACUUACUGAUAGUGGAAUUUCUAAAGUGGAUUAUCGAAAUAAAGUGGUACCGUGUGUACUCCAUAUGAAUACUAUGCACUAAAUUGGCUUAAUGGUGUACUCUAGGAUAUGAUUUAGUUUUGCUCUACACUUGAAGAAUAUAUGAAGAGAGUAUUUGCAGAAACAGAUAACUCUCUUCCGAUUAAAAAAAAAAAAUAAUUUAUUUGUAUUACGUUAUUGUGUUUUAUUGUGUAAGUUAGCUGUUUUUAAGCUAUGUUUUAACCUAGUCAAAAUCAUCCAACUGCAGUUUGAAUGAGAUUAAUUGGAAUGCAAAAAAUGAAAAAAAAAAAAAAACAUGAUUUUUGAGAAUAUCUGUUUUUGCAAAUGAACUCCUCACAUAAUUUAAAUGUCUGUUCCACCAUAUUUGCCCCCAAUAAAUAAUACAAAAAAUACUAAAUAAUGUUUUACUGAUGUGUGUACAAUUUAUACACAAUGCUAAAAAAUAUUUGAAUGAUUUUUACACUGUAAAGGACAAUGAUACUUCAUCUGUAAUGCCACGUUUUCAUAGUUCCCUACUGGCCAGGCCGAAGGUUUAAGAUUUUGCUGAUGACUUGUGUUUCUAAGCUUUAUGUUCAGUCACGCUCUGUGUGCUGGGAUAUGGAUACAUUAGCCUUCAGUAUCUCUGAUGUAGGUCUUGAAAAUUGAGUUUGAAACCGGAUAUCCUGUCAGGAACUGAGUUUGCAAGGGUCUGAUCAUGUGUCAGCGGCAGGAAGUAAAUUAUAUCAUAAUAAACAUAAAGAUUCUAAGACAAAUAUGGGAAGUUUUAUGAAGUGGAGAGUUGGAGAGUUUUGUCGUCAUUUCCCCAACCUCGUUUCAAAACCAUCCAUAUGGACAGUAAAAGUCAUUUGGUUAUGGUAAA